AUGGAAGCAUGGGGAGUGAAUGAAACUAAAGAACUGGCAGUGGAAUCAAGGAUGAAUGCAGUGAUGAAAUGCCAAGGGGAAACUGGGAGGGACUGCACAGUUGGAAGGGAAAUGAAAGAAUGGGGAGUGAAGGGAACACCUGGAACUAGCGAAGGAUUGUAUUUCUUGAUUGAUUGCAAAAGAACAGAGCUAAGGAGUGAGGAUUCUUCUCCAAAGGUAUCAGCAGCACAACAACGUCGGGACAUUUGUGUUUCUAUCAUAAGUGCGUCUGAGAAGCAAGUUUUGCCAAACAAACGCUGCCUUAAUUCGAGCAUGGCAGCAGCGCGUUUGGGCAGACGAAUAGGAACACUGGCAAUGGAAGAACUGAAAAGCAAGGGAGCAUGGCGCGAUUCUCUUAUGGCCGCUGCUUCUCGCGCAAUCGCGGAAAGAAUCCCGUUGGCGAAUCUCGUCGUCGAAGUCAGAGACGCAAGGAUUCCCUUGUCCUCCGAAUGCGAGAUACUCAGAAACUACCCAUUUUCCCCGAAACAAAUCAUAGCUCUCAACAAAAUGGAUCUUGCGGGUGCAUCAAAUGUGAAGGCAUGGAUGGAAUAUUUUAGGCAAAGGAACUGCGUAUCUUGUGGAGUCAAUGCUCAUAACAAGGACAACAUCAGACAGUUUCUAAGCCUCAUACAACGCCAAGUGAGUGAAUUGAGGGGAGAUAAUCAAUGUGACAAUAAUUAUACUGCUACAGUAAUGUUAAUUGGGAUUCCAAAUGUUGGUAAGUCCGCCCUUACCAAUGCCUUGCAUCAAGUGGGGAGAAUCAGUGCAGCAGAAAAAGGAAAGUUAAAGCAUGCAACUGUGAGUCCAGAGCCAGGAGAGACUAAAGACAUACGAAGUUUUAAGAUUGGUAGCCAUCCCAAUAUCUAUGUGUUAGACACUCCAGCUAUUUUAUCUCCCAAGGUUCCUAAUGUUGCUGUUUUAUCUAAAUUAAUUUUAACAGGAGCAGUUGGGGAUUGUUUAGUCAGGCGAAAAGAAGUUGCUCAAUAUUUUCUAGCUAUGCACAACUCUAGUGAGCAGUACAAGAAAUGGGCAAGAUUAUCUAUGAAGGAUAACGAUAAAUCAUUCCUUAAUGGCACAACAGAGCAGUUGACUAGCUCUGAGUUGCAUAUGAAGCAGAAAAAACAAAUCCCUACAGAUCACACACAGGACUGCAUAGUGCAGGAUGUUCGACGGACACUCUUCGAAACAAUUUCAUCUUUUGAAGGCGAUAUUAAAUGUGAAGAUGAAAUGCUAGCACUCAUUUCUAGGCAGUUUAUUGCCUUGCAGGAAGCUUUCCAUGUUUCAGAUGAAUGUGAAGAAGAUGCUCAUGACAAGGUUGCCGGGAAGCUGCUUAAUCUUUUCCGUACUGGCCGUAUUGGACAUUAUAUUUUAGACCAUCUUCCCUGA